GAGGGCAGGCCAACUUAUAGCCAUUGCAGUAAUUACUGCAGUGGCUGAUGUCCAUACUACCAUCCUUCUGUUGGUGGUGUGCAUUCUCACCAGGAGCUGUGUUGUGGGAUGAGAACCAGAGCUUCUCCCUCCUCACUGGAACCCAGCUGUUCCCCAGGGCUCUUGGCUCUCCACUUUCAACUGGGAAUAUCACCUACUCCCCUUUCUCUUACCUGGAUUCCUGUCUCUGCACGUGUGAAAUGUUCGGGAUCAGAUCCGCGUCAGGACGACUGAAACUUGCUGGAUGCUUCCCACAAUGCCCUGGAUUCUGGAAGGAUCUAGCCACUCCAAGCACGCCGAGGAGAGCUCUGAUUCUGCCUGGCUUGUUCCUUGGCAACUUUAAAGAUGCUAGAGAUGCAGAGCAACUGAGCAAGAAUAAUGUUACACACAUUCUGUCAAUCCAUGACAGUGCUAGGCCUAUGCUUGAGGGAGGUACGUAUCUGUGCAUGCCUGCUGCUGAUUCGCCCUCUCAGGAUUUAACGAGACAUUUCAAAGAGAGCAUCAAGUUUAUUCAUGAGUGCCGGCAGAGCAGAGAGGGCUGUCUUGUUCACUGUCUCGCUGGGGUCUCUAGGAGUGUAACUUUGGUAGUUGCUUACAUCAUGACAAUCACAGACUUUGGCUGGGAAGAUGCACUGUCUGUUGUACGAGCAUCAAGAUCCUGUGCCAAUCCUAACAUGGGUUUCCAGAGGCAGCUACAGGAGUUUGAAAAGCAUGAUGUGGACCAUUUCAGGCAGUGGCUGAAGGAGGAAUAUGGAGAAAGUUCUUUGCAGGAUGAGCAAGAAGCCAAAACUCUUCUGAGUAAAUAUAAGGAGCAGGCAGCGACACAGCCAAGUACCAGUGGGAGACAGUGGAAUAAUAACUUUUCCUCGCUGCCGUCCCUGUCAUACAACUAUACAACAGAGACGUAAUCAUUCUAGGCUGGAUUCAUUUUUUUUUCUCAUCCCUGUUUAAAAACAGAUGUCACCCGAGUCUCCUCCACACUCUACAGAAGUCAUGCAAGCUGUGCCUUGUGGAAAGCUUGAUGAAAAUACUAUAUAGUGCAUGUGUGUGUAUUUGAUACAGUUUUACAGUUUUAUGUAAAAGCACUCUCUCUCUCUGUAACCUUCUCUGGUGAGAGGUAUCCCUUUUGUCAAGUUCUCACUACCCUCAGACUCCACCCCCUUUGUAAUAUGCGCCUCUAAUAUGCAUUCAUGUACGCAUGAUAACAUUGCCUCCAAAGAAUGAGCUUCCAAAGUGUGUGAGCACUUACGUAUUUUUUGCUUGUGCUUCACAUUGCUGUUUGACCUUAGCUACCUCAAAAAAUGCUGUUCAUGUCACUGCGGUUGUAAAUGCAACUUUGAAAAUUGCAUCAUAUAAUCUUGAUUUCGCACGUGAUGAAUGCAAAGUGUGUGUUUCAUGAUUUUUUUGUGUGUGAAAGCUUUAUGGGUUUUAUUUAAAUUAUUCAUAGUUGUCACUAGUUGGGAUUAAAAAUGAGGUAGGAAGAUUUGAGAUGUGUAAAUUCCAUCUAUUUUGCCAAUAUAAAACCAGUGGUCAAGUUUGUCAGUGUGCACAUGCAAGCUAAAUUUUAAAUCGGAGUAAAAAAAACUAGAGGUCAAAUUCUGCUUCUGAUGUAAAUCUGGAAGAGCUCGAUUGAUUUAGUUGGAAUUAUUCUGGAUUUAUAACAGUGUCACUACAAACAAAUUUAAUGAAGUGUUUCCAGAUUUACACUGGUGUUAUGGUGAGGAGAAUUGGAUACAAUGUCCUUACUUUUAGUCUUUGAUUCAGAGCAUGCAGGGUUUUUGCUUAAAGAUUUCAGAACAGAGAAGGAAACUCCCAGCCUGCAAGGAUUUUUUAAAAGAAAUAUACAAUGAAUGAUGAAUGCCCCAGUCAUCCAGAGUAAGACAGAGAUUCAGCACAUUAUACUUGACCUGAUUUUUAAAAAAAUGUUUUGUCCUUUGAUACCCUAAUUUAGAAACAUUUAACAUGCUGUUUGAUGCAAGCUGACAAUGUCUUCACACAGUGAUGAGCGCUGGGAUGAACUGUAAGGAUAAAGUAAGCCCCCAAAUAUUUUGGUAUCUUACUGAUUUUAAUGGAAUGGAAAGUAUGGAUAUAAAAUCCAUCAAUGAAAAAUUAGGAUUUAUACAAUUAUUAUAUUCCAGCUCCAAUCUGCACCAAAAUUCUAUGUUUGGGGCCUCAUCACACAACAAGUUGUUGGUGUAUUGGUGGCAGGUGUUGGGAUAUUAUAGGACUUAGAAAAGCCUUACCCUUUGUUUCCAACCUAAUAGCUUGCUGAAUUCUAUGCGUGUAUGUGUUACAUAAUCUUUGACAGCCACCAUGAUUAAUAGAUAACACUUGGCUAGCAAGCAGACAGGUAACUGUAUAUGAAUUUCAAUAGGUGAAAAGGUUUGCCUAAGACUGUACUAAAUUGUGCUGUCAUGCACAGUCCCUAGUUUUUGUGGAUUGGAGACUUUCCUCUUUGUAAAAAUCUUACACACAGGACUGAGAGUGAUGAUCUCCUUGUUCAAACCUGUAGUCACAAGACGAUGUGUAUGGCAAAAGAUUUCCAUGUGUUUACAGCAAAAGUAGUGUGUGUGUGUGCGUGUGUAUGUGUUACCUUAUACUGAGAA